GCAUUGCUUGUGGUCUCUCCCACUACAACUACACCACAAAACCUCAAUAUCUCAAACCCAUAACUCUUUUUCAUCGUAUCAUAUUAAAUGUCAUCGAAGACGUCGGAGUUUACCACUUACGACCUCAAUCUCAUUGAAACUGAGCUCACAUUAGGUUUACCAGGUGAAUCACGAGGCCGAAAGUUGGCAAAAAAACGACGAUCGAUUGAAAGUUUCGAUGAUAUUCGUUCCGACGCUACGAAAUGUCCUUUGGAUGAGAAACAAGCGAUUGGAUGGCCGCCAGUGACGUUGCACCUGAAGAACAGUAACUUUAAGUUUGUAAAGGUGGCGGUUGACGGAGCACCAUAUAUGAGAAAAGUAGAUCUGGAAUUGUAUGGAGACUAUCAGCAGCUUCAAUGUGCUCUGGUGGAGAUAUUUUCUUAUUUCACACUUGAAAAUGCAUUAAGUGAGAACAACUUGUUAGAUGUUGUGAAUGGAAGAAUGUAUGUAUCAAUGUAUGAGGAUAAAUUUGGGGACUGGAUGCUUGUUGGUGAUGUUCCUUGGAAGAUGUUCGUCGAGACUUGUAAGCGAAUAAGGUUGAUGAGACGAUCGGAAGCGAUUAAUGCAGCUCCAAGAACAAGUUCAAGAGGCUCAAAUCUCUCCAUUUUUUGAAGUUCCUGAAGAAGAUAUUUUUUUGGAUUUUGAUAGAAAAAAGUUGGUGGAAAAUGAGGAUACAAAAUAUAAACAUAUACUUACCACAACGGCAUACAGUUAAGCCUAUGGUAUGAAAAUAUAAACAUAUACUUACCACAACGGCAUACAGUAUAUACGAUAAUUUGAGGGUGUCAAACUAUAUAAAACCGAUGAUAUCAGAGGCUCAACGAAUCCAAAAGCGCACGUAGUUCCCCCAUAUAGAGUCAUAUGUAGUUCCCAUAAGGGGGGUUUUCCCUAGAUUUAUUGGCUUUUCUUAUGAAAAUGGAGUAUAGGCAUUAUAGUAUGGUGGCGGAGAUGGAUAUGAUCGGGUGGUUCCACUGGUGGCACGAUGAUACUUCAGUUGUCUGUCGGUAAUUCAAAUUUGUCAUUCAAAAUAUAAAAUUGUUGUUUUAAU